AUGGGCUCGAAGAAAAUGAAUGUGCCGAAGAGUCCGCGGCGCCCUCAAGUCGCCAAUGCUUGCGUGGCUUGUCGUACUUCCAAAGUGAAGUGCUCUGGCAAACACCCCGUAUGCUCCCGUUGCCGGUCUCGUGGCAUAGAGUGCAAUUUCGACGUCUCUGCAGAAGGCAUCACCAAGCGACAACACUUACAAAAUGAGCUCGCACAGUUAUCUGGCCAUAAGCAAGGUCUUGAGCGAGCGAAUGCUAUCAUAGACGUCUUGCAGCAUGGCAGCGACUCGGAAGCGGUCGAGUUACUGGUGUGUCUACGAACCGGUCAUUCGGUUGACGCAGCGUUCAAUCACGUCCAGCAGAAGAGACAAGGAACCGCGUCCAACCUGGCUGAUCCAGCUCUACCUUCCGCGGCAGCAUCAGUGAUCGCGGACACGACUCCUUCGGGACCGCCACGCCUGGCUAACAACGUGAGUAUGCAGAGCGUAUCAAGCUCGAUCGCCAGACCUCAAGCAGACUCAUGGUCGUUUCCACCAGUAUCCAACAGCACCGGUAACAAUCUCCCGACUCCGACCAUCGCAACAGACCAAUCGACCGCUUGGCCAUACCCACCGAUCAGUAACGAGACUCAAUACCUUCAGCAUGACAUGGGCACGAAUGCAUAUACCUACCAGCCUACCGAGGACGAUAGUCAAACGCAGCAGUUCGGACUAGCCACACGAGUCAGCCCAUUGUCGACAUGCUCAUCAUCGAGAGCGUCGAAUGCGCAGGACUCGUACAUCCAGCAGCCCUACAGUCCAGAGCAUCUCUUCUUCGAAUCUACGCCUCAGGAGAGGGCGAAUCCGGCCAUGUACAGCAACUCGACCUGA